UGUUUUUGAUCCCUGUCCUCUUUGCUCCACAUGGCUUCAGGGCAGAGGUUGAAGAGGAGUGGAAGCAGGUAAAAGAGAGUCUGACCUUUCCCCUCUUGGCUCCUGGCACCAGCAGGGCCCGGGCAGCCGGAGCAGAGAGCCGACUGAUGACUUUACACCAACAACCGGCUUCUUAACUCACCGACCGCAGCCGGAUCACCUUCUCCUUCUCCACACUCUUCACCCCGCUCUCUUCUUCAGUCAGUCAGUGAUCCUGGGCCAUGUUUGGAUUAAAGACUCCUCACUUCUAUCUCCCAGGUAUGAACCAUGAGUCCAACAAAUCGCCAUCAUUAGGAAUGAUCUCUACAGCAACGCGAACAACAGCUACUGUCAGUCCCCUGAGCCCACUAACCAAUGGGAACGCAGUUACUCAGUCUGCAAACUCCGGAUUCGCUGCUGCUCUGCGUAAACUGGCCAAACAGGCCGAGGAUCCCCGAGGUUCUGCCCUCAGCGGCAAGUCUUCUCCAGUCUUGUCCCCGACUACGAGCCACACUUCACCCGUCUCCACCCCUAAGCGGGGCUCGCUAGCGCCUCUCCUGGGUCAAACAAGGGGACACAGUGUCUCGAGCACCCCCCCAGUAGUCACUAUUGCUCCCACAAAAACCAGCAACGGGAUCUGGAGGGUUGACGGACGGCAGGCUGAGCGGGGGGUCCAGACACUCAGUAGGGAGCGGGUCGGUUCUGACGGCGUGCAGUCACAGCAGGGCAAGAGGACUCCUGUUCCUUCACCUCACCCCUUGGCUCACUCUUUUGGAAUCACCCCCAGCGCAAUAAUGCAAGACCCACGAAUACAAAGUCUUAGUUUGCCCAGCCAGAUGCACCCCGUGGUUCCCUCAGGUGCCAUCCCAGAGGAGUACCUGCGCGGGCUCCGUCCUUUCGCCACCUCAGAUGACAUCCGACUGACCUCUUUGCCACUGAGUGUUGACCCUGCUGCUGCUCAUGCUGCUGCAUACUAUCAUCCUGCCUACCUCCAUCACCCCCUGACCUUACCAAGAAUGGAGGAAUCUCUCUGUCUUUCUGCCCUACAGUCACAGUUCUACUCAGUGCCUGGAGGGGGCUCCUUCCCUCCGCUGCACCCCUCCGCUCUGCACUUACAUCUGCCCCGUUAUCAUGGGGAACUAAACCACACAGCACUGGCAGAAAGGCUACAGAUGGAGAACGAGCUUCGCCAGAGAGAGCGAGAUCAAGAGCGUGAACGAGAGAAAGAAAGGGAGCGCGAGGUGGGGCUGGAGCGAGAGCGUGAGAGAGAGAAAGAGGAGGAGAGGGAGAGAGAGCUGGACAGACAGAAGGAGAGGCAGAGGGAGAGACAGCAGCAGAUGGUCCGAUCGUUGGACAGCCACUACCUGGUUGAGCUGCAGGCUCACAGGGCACUACAGGAGGACAGGGCCAGGCCGGGCAAGAGGCUGACCCCAAACAGACCGGAUAAACCAAAGGAGCCAGAGCACCUUGGUUUCCAAGCACCUAAACCCCUGCCGCUGCAGCCUGGACUUCACCCCCCCAGGAGCUCGAUUCCACACCCAGUACCCAGCCUGGUGCCUGCUCACCUGGGGAAGCAUCAUCCUUCUUCUGUUGGUGGGAUCCCUGGAGCUCUAGCCACUGCCAUGAUGACUCAGAGGGUCAGUGAGGAAGCAUGGCUAAUACGGCAAAGAGGGCAAGGACAGGAGAGGGAGAGUCCACUCGAGCUGGGACUGAGGUCACCUGGGAAAGUGGUGGAGUCAAGGAGAGAUAGCCAAGGGCCCAACUGUGUGAACAGCUCUGUCAGCAAAGAUGCACCCAUCACCCUUGGUGCACCACCUCCCCUUAUCUCCCCAAAAGCGCUCACUCACCCUCCACCACCUCCCACCACACUGUGGAACCCAGCCUCCCUUGUAGACACCAUUGCGGAGUCCCGUAGAAAAUUCACCUCUCUGUCAAUGCCAAUCCAGCCACCUCCAGGACUGACCAGAGCUGACAGACCCCUGAGCUGGGGGGAGAGUCUGGAAGAAGGAAGGAGGAUGAGAUCAGAUGGUCCAGACAGGUACGCUGCAGUACGGGGAGCUAUCUCACAGGAAGCAGGGCAGGAAAAAAACAUCCACAACCUCUAUCACCGGCAUCACCUCAGUAACCUUCAGCAGAGAUGCUGCGUGGCUCCAUCCAUUUCCAGUAUCUGCACCGAGCUGGCACCAUCUUUGACAAAGGAACGACAGAGUCAAGUGCCCGACAGCACACUGGUGUAUGAUGAAAUUCUGCAGCAGCACCGCCGGCUCCUCAGCAAACUCGACCUGGAAGAAAAGAGAAGGAGAGAAGCCAGGGAGGGAGGUUAUUAUUAUGACCUGGACGAGUCAUAUGAUGAGAGUGAUGAGGAGGAGGUGAAAGCCCAUUUUAGGAGAGUGACAGAACAGCCCCCACUCAAACUGGACACAUCUUCUGAGAAAAUGGACUUUCUACAUCUGUGCGAUCUGACCACGCUAGCCCAUCAUGAUGAACUUCUGCUACACAAAAAAAGAAAGAGGAGGAAGAUGAUGAGGGAGCGCAGCCUCUCUCCACCGGCCGUACAGGGCAAGAAACCAACCUCUUCACCUUUGGCACCCAUAACUCCCCUCAGGACACCGUAUACUGCUGAACAGAUGGACAACACUCCCACACUGGAGGAAAAAAAAGAUUUCCUCCAUAUGUUCAAGCUCUCCCAUGUCAGUGCACAGCAGAGGAAAGAAAAGGAGAGGACAGAGGACCUUCUGAGGGCCAUUCAGAGGAAGAAUGUGACAUUAGACACCCUCAGAUAUAAUCCGUUGCCUCCAUGUAGCAGUCCUCCAGCUCUGUCAACUGGUGAUUCCACCUCAGCUCCUCUGCUGGGUCAAUCAAAUAGACAUCUUUACCCCGACUCUCCCAGCCAGUCCCCUCUCCAAAACCACAAACCUAAACAGCUCCAUCACCACGAGUCAUUCAAAACGCCCAUGGACACGCAGGUGGUCCGUGUCCCACCACCGCUGACCCCACAUGUUGAAAAAGCAGAGCCCAAAAAGGGUCAAACAGGAAACAAGAAACCCCAGGGUGUACAGAAUGGUGUUGUGGCUUCCCCUCAUAAAAAGGAGCCCAAUCCAGCGCAGAAUGGACGGAAUCUGCACUGGGACAUAUUCUCACCGGAGACUUUUGCUCAUCAUUUCCACCAGGCUGUGCUGCAAUCGACACACAACACAAUGAAGAACAAAGUCUCAAAAUGUGUUCCAGAGUCUACCAUCAAGGAUGAGCGCUCGCUGCGUCAUAACAUGUCUCCAGUGAAAAGUUUAAAUCCAAUUCACACCCCUCAGCACACACACAUCAACGGGCAUUACUUUCAAGCUGGUCGGGAUGCUCCAGUGCCUCAAGAUCAUCUGUCUGAUGAAGAUGAGGAAGACUCUGAGGAGGAUGAAGAGAUGGAAACUCCAAGGAAGUGGCAGGGUAUUGAAGCAAUCUUUGAAGCCUACCAGGAAUACAUGGAUGAAUGGAGCAUAGAGAGGCAAGUUCUUCACAGUCAGUGUAAGAGGCUUGAAGCACAGAACAACAGUCUGACCAGGACAGCAGAGCAGCUUUCACUUACAAUGGGGGAGCUGGUGAGCCAAAGGCAGAAAGUGAGAGAAGAAAGAGACAGGCUGCAGGCACAGCUGGAGCACUUCAGGAGGUGUUUGACGCUGCCAAACUUUCAGUGGGGAAGGGGGCAAAUCAAUGGGUACACCCCGAGGUGACCUCUGACACCGACUCUCAGACGGAUUUACCUCAAACAAUGAAGUCACAACAACAAGGCGGCCUGGGGCCGGAACAAGAAACAGCCCUCACUACGCUUGAAGCACUUGAAGGAACCAGUAACUUUCUUGUUACCUUGCAGGCCAAGCAGUUAUAUCACCUAGCUGACUACCUAGCAUGUUUGCCAUGGUAACCAGAACCAUGUAGACCCUAGUCUCUCUCAUUCUGACUAUGGAUUUUUAAGAAAUACUGUGUAGCUAAAACUAGAUUUUUUAUGAAUGAUAAUCACACCAAGUGUUUUGGUUGGAGGACAUGCCAUCUUUUAACUCAUAUCACACAUAAACCGUAGAGAGCCACAUAAAUGAGAUGCAUUACCAGGAGCUAAUCUGUAGCCAGUAAUGAGAAGAGACCAAAAGUGCAGCCGGCGCUUGGUUAAUUAAGAAUUAAAUUACACCUCAGGCCUUAAACUAGAUAUGAUGCACUUCACUUUGCAUUAGAGGAAAUACUUGAUUGACCUCUGUAUUGUGUAAUGUUGUAGGAUCUACUGAAUAUUGGAUCUGACACAGAAAGCAGUUUACACUGCCGGUAAAUGAUCUAAAGAAGAUCUAAUCUCUAUGUAUCAGUGAAUGGAAUCAGUGCAGUUUUUUAAGUUGCAAAAUGCGUUUCCCAUUGGUAACGUCAGUUGUGAUAGAUGAAGAAUUUUGUAGGUUUUAUUGUUUCAGCCAUUUAUCACAGGAAGCCAAAUGCUUUUCUUGAAUUGCUGCUGGUCAGACUAAAACAUUUAGAGUGGGUGAAGGGUGUUCACACUACUGUGUUUGAAUAGUUUCAUGUGAUGUCAAAAUGCUUGAGGGAACAUUAGUUGCUCUGAGAGUUGAAGAUCUGAUGGCGGACAGAAGUCCGUUUCUUACAACAUGAUCAGUUUGUCAUUCUUCCAGUUCUCAUCCCAGACAUCAACCCUUCCUCCUUCUACAUGUCUAUAAAUGUUGACAAAACUUGAAGAGACAUUGUGAUUUCUAUAUGUCGUUUUGCAAAAACUAUUGUCAUAUAACUGGCAUCACUUAAGUGAGACUACGAUAUUUUUCAACAUAUUGUCCAUUCUUACAUUUUUGUCACCUACCUGAGUGAUUUCUUGCCACAUUAUUUUGAAAGCUGAGUUUAACUGCUUUAUUACAGGAAACAGAAGCCAAAUUAUUAUGCCGUUCCAUUUCAGGACUGUGUCAAAACUAAUAAUUUUACUUGAUGCUCCUGACAUACUUGAGAUAUAUCUCCGGUUGUUUAUGGACGAUAUGUCAAACUGAUGCUAUCCCUUUGUGGAGAACAAUAAACUACACCUUCUUUGGGCUUUUGAUGAGUUUUAUUUUUAUUUCAGCAAGAUAAAAACAAUGUCACUAAUUCAUCAUUUCGCCUCUAAAUCUGUAAAUCCCUGGAGCCCCUUGCUACAAGCACAAGCUGCAACAGUAAAAACUACAGUAGCAAUUGGCUGAAGUUAUGUAAUCACUGAGCAGUCUCCUCUACAAACCUGCAUAAAUGUCUCAGUUGUUAUGAAAUAUAUAUUAUUUUGGCUGUUUAAUUUUAAUGAAUUAUUUAUUGGCAUAUAUUGCUGUAUAUUCUGAUGGCAAUUUGCAUUAAAAUAUUUGUAACAUGUA